CCCCUCUCCUCCUCCCUCUCUUCCUUCCUCGCCAGCCCCUCUGCCGCGUCCCUCCGCCGCACCCAGCCCACACACCUUCCCCACUUGCGAUCGAGUGAUUUGCAAAAGAAAAAGCCGCCCUUUCGGUCCCCUCCCCCUCACGAUGACCAAGCUCACCGGCACCUCCCUCCUGGGCCUGGCCCUGAGCGCCAUGGUGAUCACGGCCGCCUCCGGCGCCAGCAUCCCCCUGAGUCGCGAGCAGCUGGAGGACGCCCAGCGCCAGGCCCGCGACGAGGCCGGCAUCAUGGCUCGCGAUGACAAGGACGAUCGCCAGCGCGAGGAGGACGACGACGACGACGACGACAAGAUCAGCGGCUACUCCAAGGACGUGCACGACGUCAUGACCGACAUCUACUACGAGCAGACCAUGACCAAGACCAAGAACAAGAGCGUCAACAAGACCUCCUCCUAUGAGUUUGAGAUUGUCCACAUCCACGACGAUCACCACCAUCAGCCCACCUCGGCGCCCACCCCGAAGCCCACCCAGAAGCCCACCCCGACCCCGACCAAGGAGCCGUCCAAGCCCGAGCCCACCCCGAAGCCCACCGAGAAGCCCACCCCCAAGCCCACCCCCAAGCCGACGCCCAAGCCGACGCCCAAGCCGACGGAGAAGCCCACCCCCAAGCCCACUCCCAAGCCCACUCCCAAGCCGACGCCCAAGCCGACGGAGAAGCCCACCCCCAAGCCCACCCCGAAGCCCACCCCCAAGCCCACCCCCAAGCCCACCCCCAAGCCCACCCCCAAGCCCACCCCCACCCCGACCAAGGAGCCGUCCAAGCCCGAGCCCACCGCCGCGCCGGUGCGCUGCACCUGCCCGGCCGGCACCACGGCCACCUGCUACAGCAGCGUCAGCCAGUGCACCCGCAACAACAACCCCCUGGUCCGGCCGAACCCGGCCGAGUGCCUCAACAACCAGCGCCAGGUGUUCACCUGCUCCGACACGCCGAAUGUCUGCCGGUCGGCCACCACCUGCGACAUCAUCGAAACCGGCACCGGCAAGCAGGACCCCCACAUGGUGGGCUUCCAUGGCGCCAGCUACUACUUCGAGGGCAUGGCCGGCCAUGAUUACAACAUCGUCUCCGACACGGACUUCCAGCUGAAUGCCCACCUGGUCCGCCUGGCCGGCCUCCAGGGCACCUACAUGAGCAAGAUCGGCAUGCUGGUCAGCGACGGCGCCGGCGGGGUCCACGCCAUCGGCUACGACCCGAACUUCGGCGCCUUCCUCGAUGGGCGCCAGCUGGCCGACGGGACGUCGCUCGAGCUCCAGGGCGCCGAUGUGGUGGUCGACCAUCUGGACGGCCGCUGGCGCCUGCACGUCCGCACCCCGACCUGGGACAUGACCGCCCGCACGGUCAUCGAGACCGGCCACAUGUCCGAGGCCUAUGUCAACCUGCAGGUCAGUGUCAUCGGCCGGCCGACCAACCCCCACGGUGUCCUGGGCCAGACGGCUCGCUUCAUCAUCGAUGGCACCGAUGCCGCCACCGCCAAGGCCAACUUCGUCUUCCAGGGCAGCGACGCCGAGUACGAGGUGAUCGAUGGCCUCUUUGGCACCUCCUUCCAGCACAACCGCUUCCAGGGGGCCGGCUUCCAGCGCGGCGCCUCCAUCGACAAGUACGUCAACAAGCGCGGCCCGGUCAAUGCCGGCCGCGUGCCGGGCGUCGGCGUGCGCAAUGCCUUCGAGCAGGACGACAGCGCCAUGUUCAUUCGCGACCCGCGCACCGGGCGCACCUAUGACCGGUUCUAUGUCAACCAGUUCCUCCGCCCGGAGGGUGUCCCCGGGGUGGCGGCCGCCGGCGAGCCCGAGCAGCGGACCCCCGAGCAGGCCCCGGCGGUCCUGUCCUACACCGGCCUGCGCAAUGCCGUCACCGACAGCCUCAGCCGCAUCCGCCCCCAGCGCCAGGCCUCUGAGCACCAGGAGCAGCGCUUCUGAGCGGGCCGGAGCGCGCGUCACCCGUGACCGCCCCCCCCCCUCCCGCGCCCGGCAGGAUGAAGCUGCCCUCCUUCCGCCGCCUCCCCUCCCCCCCCCCUC